UUCCCUCUUCCUAAUUUAUAAUACAACCUCGACCUCGGUGGUGGUGGUGAUGGAGAAAUUUUAUACUCCGAUCAUCCUCUUCUUCCUCCUCCUCGCUUCGUGUCCCGACAUGGCGGACUCGAGGACCAUAAAAGCCGACAAGCCGUGCAAGCGACUGGUGCUGUAUUACCACGACAUCCUCUUCAACGGCACCAACGUCCUAAACGCAACCUCGGCCGCCGUCUCCAAAGAGCCUAACAACCUCAGCAACCACCACUUCGGGCUGAUGGUCGUGUUCGACGAUCCCAUUACUAAGGACCACCACCUUCUCUCGCCGCCCAUUGCUCGAGCUCAGGGCUUCUAUUUCUACGACAUGAAAUCUACUUAUAAUGCAUGGUUUGCGUAUACUCUCAUAUUCAACUCUACCGAAUACAAAGGGACCAUUAACAUCAUGGGAGCUGAUAUGAUGGACCAGAAGACCAGGGACCUGUCUGUGGUGGGUGGAACUGGAGAUUUCUUCAUGGCUAGAGGCAUUGCCACCUUCUUCACCGAUAGGUUUGAAGGCAGUGAAUAUUUUAGGCUUCAGAUGGAUAUCAAGUUGUAUGAAUGUUAUUAGGUUAUGUUUGGCCAGGUUUAUUUUAGAGUUUAUGACUUAUCACCAA